AUGAUAAGUUGGAUCCUAUUGGCUAAAUACAUCGGAUCAUUUUUAAUCUUUUUAUCCGCAAUUGCAGGUUUAUCGUGUCCUCUAUUCUUUAGGAAAGCUACUUGGCAGGUUAGAGGUGAAUCUCUCGCUGGUGGAAUCUUUCUCGGAGCAGGUAUAGUGCAUUUACUUGAUGAUGCAUUUCUAAGUAUCAGAAAGCUCAAAUUACACUAUCCAUUAGCACCAGCUGUUGCUAUAUCAACAUAUGUAAUCUUUACACUGAUAUCAAUCUGCACAAUUUCAGAGAAAGACAACGAAGAAGCUCAAUCUGAAAUACCAGAUGAAAGCUCUAUUACGUUAAUGGACGGAACACCAAGUAUGCUCAGUGAUGCUCAAUCAGUCGAUCCUCCUUUAUUCGGUACGAACUAUCUUACAAUCCAGAAAUGGUCUUUAUACAUCAUCUUGUGCAUCCAUUCAUUCAUUGAAGGCUUUGGCCUCGGUAUUUUGCCAAAAUUAACUCCAACUAUUGGAUUUUAUCUAGCUAUGGUUGGUUUCAAACCGAUUGAAGCAUUUGCUUUAGGUCUAUUCAUGAUACAGGACAGACCUAAAAAAGUUUUAUAUUGGGUACUUACAAUAAUUUAUUCCUUGCUUACUCCCAUAUUCUCGAUUAUUGGUAUGUACGUAAACAAGAAGUCAGGUGACCAGACCAUUGGAAUCAUUUCUGCCUUUUCAGCAGGAUCUUUCCUAUACGUAGGAUUCACCGAAUGGAAGAAUCUUUAUUCAAAGAAGAAAGAAUUAAGUAAGAAGGAAAAAUGCUGGAACUUCUUCAUGUUUUUCGGUGGAGUAUUGUGGAUGCUCUUUAUUGCGGGUAUCGAAACAAUUUAUGAGUAA